UGACCGUCCUCAGUCACCUGAGCAGGAAACUGGGCGGGAUUACCUCUGUCUCCUCCAGUGAGUUCUGCUGUGUCCUUGCCCUGUACCCAGGUGGCAACAUUCGUGGGUCCUGUGACGGCCAUCCCUGUCCUGCUCUUCUCGGGGUUCUUCGUCAGCUUUGACACCAUCCCAACUUACCUGCAAUGGAUGUCUUACAUCUCCUACGUCAGGUACGGCUUUGAGGGUGUCAUCCUCUCCAUCUAUGGCUUGGACCGAGAAGACCUGCACUGCGACAUUGACGAGACGUGCCACUUUCAGAAGUCGGAGGCCAUUCUGAGAGAGCUGGACGUGGAGAACGCCAAGCUCUACUUGGAUUUCAUCGUGCUUGGGAUCUUCUUCAUCUCCCUGCGCCUCAUUGCCUAUCUUGUCCUGAGGUACAAAAUCCGAGCAGAGAGGUAAAACGCCCAGAUGCCAGGAAAGAGGCAAAUCAGUCGUGUGGCCAAGGGCUCUGCUGAAUAAUGGCAGGGCACCUGCACCUGGUGACACAGAGACUAUCCUGACCUAACCUGGAGACCACAGCGGUUGAUGGUAUCCGGUGUUCAACUUCUCUGCCCAGCCGGGCUGGAUCUUCCCUCCUUUACUUUUUCUAGCUUUAAAACUAGGAAGAUGUAGGAAGGUUUGCUUUUUUACAUGCAGAAUUUAAAAUACCACGGCUGGGGCAGAAUUUAAUCCUGCAACACAGCUGGUGACAAAAGGCUUCCUUGGAGAAAUUCCACCUGAUGUCCAGGUCGCAUCUGUCCUGGCUGAGGAAUUUCGCUGGGAAGUUCAAUGUCUUGGGAAAGAAAGUUUAAGUGUGGCGUGACUCCAUUUUGUGACUGUCGUUUCUCACCGUGUCAUCUUUUUCAGUUUCGUCUCUUUUCUGAUGGAAGUUACCUUCGGAGCCAAAGUCGAUAAAUUUCACUUUUUUUUAAAGUGUAUCUUUUGAAUAAUUGUUGAGGAGUUUUUCAGGGUAAAUAACAUAACUUCGAUAAGAGAAGGAAUGGGUUGGGCCUAGCCACUGAGCGGGUCUCACUUACACACACCUGAGGAAGGUGCCCCGAGUGCAGGGAGACCAGAAUACUGGCUGCACUUGACCGACUAAGAGUGAUACAAUCAGUCAUAAGGGAAUUCGAACAGGUCCUUCAUGACCCGUUCUUUUCUAUAUGGGUGUCAUUUUAAACAAAACAGAUUAUUUCUUGCUAACUUUCUGAGUACUUUCAUUUUGCCUAAAACGUGUGCAGAACACCCACCAUGUUGAUUUUUAAAGACCAAGUUCCCUUUCCUAGCAUAUCACAUGAGCUACCUCCGGGGAGCGUGGAGGCCGAGCUUUGGGGCAACCCGGGCAGUGUGAGCCAUGGGCCAGCUGGACAGGCGGGGAGGUGCCAGUGGAUGUCACCUUUAGGGAAAUGCAACUGCUUCCUCCCUUCAGAGCACUGUUGUCCUAGCGGUCGGGUCGGGUCGGGGCCUCCUGUGAAAGAGUGUUUUGUGAGAUCAGUUAACCUCUGCAAGCUCUGUCUGUAAAUGACUGCACUCGGUCAUGUUCGGCUCCGACAGGUUGUGAGGUUGUGAACCUGAUACGUUCAUUCCCUACUUACAGAGAAUGAGGAGGGUCUGGGUUUUACUUGUGUGUGGAUUUGGUUUGGAAAUACAUGGCAGUCCAUUCCAUUUUAUUAUCACAGCUUUUUUAGUAAAUGCAAUUGAAAUAUAUAUUAAAAGUGAAAAUUUAAAU